GUCACUGUCAGUGGAAAAAAAUGGCGACAAGAGUUCGUGGAGUCCUUUGAGAUCGACGAGGUGAAAAACAUCACGGAUCACUUGUCAAUAUCUGGACCACACCCCCCAGGGCUCCGUGAUUUAAUAAUAUCAAUUUUUUAACCAAAACACACUCGGUUUUUAUACGAAUAACCAGAAUGGCUUCUGUGGGAGAACCACUCAAUCUCAAGCGAGACGUUCAGCGUGCAAUAGAACUACUCGAAAAAUUACAGAAGAGUGGUGAAGUACCUAGUACCAAGUUAGCUGCACUGCAGAAAGUGUUACAAAGUGAUUUUCUCAAUGCAGUUAGAGAAGUUUACGAGCAUGUUUACGAUACAGUGGAUACACAGGGAUCACAGGAUGUUAGAGCUUCAGCCACAGCAAAAGCCACAGUGGCAGCAUUUGCUGCAAGUGAGGGUCACGCUCACCCCAGAGUUGUCGAGCUGCCAAAGACAGAGGAGGGUCUUGGGUUCAAUGUAAUGGGUGGAAAGGAGCAGAAUUCACCAAUUUAUAUAUCAAGAAUAAUUCCUGGGGGUGUGGCCGACAGACAUGGGGGAUUGAAACGUGGAGAUCAACUGCUAUCUGUCAAUGGCGUUUGUGUCGAAGGAGAAAAUCAUGAAAAAGCGGUUGAACUCCUCAAGCAGGCCAUCAACUCUGUGAAACUCGUAGUUCGUUACACCCCAAGAGUCUUAGAAGAAAUGGAACUACGAUUCGACAAACAGAGAGCUGCACGCAACAGACGUCAGCACGUUCAGUGAAUAAAUGAUUAGAAUCUUCUCCAUCUCAUUAUUAUAUUCAGUACAGAUACUUCCAUUCGCAUUUACUACGAAAUCGUGUACCACUACUUUCGUUUUCCACACGCACCCCCUCAUAUCUAGCAUAUGGUUUUUUAUUCAUAACAUCAGUGUUGUUAUUAUGAUAUUAUUCGAAAUGUAUUAGGCAUAAUUAUAACAAAGUUA